AUGGUUGGAUGGGGCCAAAGAUGUCCGGUCCGCUGCUUCCGCAGCCUUUCCACUCUGAAGCUCCAAAGCCUGGACGAUGCCCCUCCGCUGCAUAGCAUCUUAUUGAUCGCGGAGGAGGGAAUGGCAAUCCUCCUAAAAUUCUGCUGGGGUGACGAUGUCCGCCGUGUCAGAGUGGAGGAGCUCGCCAUGGACCAGGUCAAAGCAGCUUGCCUGCGAAUCUUCGCAGAACGUUUGGCACCCGAAGAUGAGGACCAGAUCCAGCUAGAAUUCUUGUGGCAGGGCUCCAGCAGGCUGCUCACCCCAACAACUUUCCCAGAGCUCGUGGUUCUCUAUGGACAGCUCACCGGCGCCGCGGAAGUUCCGCAGCCGUCACUGCGGCUGUAUGUGACAGAGAAGGAAGGGGCUCACCUCUCACAUCAGCCCUGGGUAGGGCUCCAGCCGAAGUUGGAGCAGCUAGAGGAGUUCCUGCCCCAGCACGAUGCUGGCCUCAGCGACGUCGUGAGCACGACGGAUGCCCCGAUUCCUGUGAAGCAGGAGGCCGUGGACGAGCCUAGCAUCGGAGGCUUCAUGGAGGCCGAUGAAAGGACAGUGCGGAGGGCGGCACGGCUCAUGCUGAAACAGGUGCAGCGACAGCGGGAAGCUGCCAGGAGGGAUGAGAAGAAAGCAGCAGCCAAGUGGCGAAAAGCAAAGCACAAGGCCUUGAGGCGGAUGGAAAAGGUUGCGCGAAAGCUGGCUCGGAAAGCUGCGAAGUCUGAUGAAAGGCAGCGCCAGUGUGACAAGGGCAAGAAGAGUAAGAGGCACAAGCGGAAGAAAGAGCGGUGUGUGCGAUCCGAACCAGAGGACAAGGAGCUGGAGGCUGAUGGCUGCCAUUGCGAGGAUGGCUGCGAGGAGCGGCUCUACAAGAAGAUGCGGAAGGAAAGGAAGAAGGCAGCCAGGCGUCUCCAGCGAGCUGCUCGAAAGGCGAAGAAGCAUCGUCGACACAACCUGGAAGAAGAACGCACGGCAGGCAGUGAUGGUGAGGGCACUGAAGGCAGCCUGGAUCCCGAAAAGGAGGUUUGCCACAUGGUGUCUGUGGCCUUCCGCGGCUUGCUGAGCACUGAAGAGGAAGUGUCCAGAUCCUGGGUGCGCCCAGUGGUGUGA